CACUUAAUAUCGGCUGCUCACUGCAAAGCAUUCGUCAGUUGCUGAAUCCAAUGAAUUGAAUGCAUGUGACUUUAAUUUAAAAGUAGCUCCUGUUUACCAUAAACUAUAUUGCACUCUCAGAGAUACUGUUUGGAUUUAAUUUAAAAUGCAAAUAGAAGUCUGUAAACUGUAAUUACCAAGUUGCUUGUGUCGCUCUUAAUGAACAGCUCCAGAUCCUACACGUAUGCUUCUUUUUUUAAAAAGUUUAUUUCUUUAAAGCAACAGUCAGUGAUGUGCACGUAAUGAAGGACAGCUGCCCAAGCCAUGCCGUGUGUCAGAUCAGUCAAUUGUAAUCUGCAGGUGUCAGAGAAGCUCAUGUAACUGUGACAGGAAUCACUGAUAAGUCCGCUUGUGAUGAGGUCGUGUUUUCUUGUAGCGUUUGUGGUCGUGGCUCAAAUGUGACCACUUCAUCUGGCGUGUCACGGAGGGUUUCGAGUACGUCGGGUGGUAUCACACUGGGGAUGAGUUUGAAACGGUUUGUCCCUCUGUCUGAGGAGGUCUUGUUUGAGGAUCGUCUCUCAUCACUGCCAAUACAUUAGGUACGCGUCAAUGUCAGAGCCUUGUUUCAGCCCGGUGACGUUGUCCGCUGCAGAUGUUCUCCCCGUGAAUCACACAAACACCCGCCACCUCCAUUUGUUCUCCCCUGACCCCUUCUUCUCCUCCUCCUCCUCCACCUCCCCUCCUCUUCCACACUCACGUUAAACCCACCAACCCAAAAUGCACGUACACAAAACACACUCCACCCUUCCGUCAUACACCCACCACCUUCUACGUCAGUGGGAGACGGGGGGGGAGAGAGAGGCAUAUAAAAGGGUGAGGGACUUUGGAGGAAGGGGAGAAGAAACAUCACUGGCUUCCAAAUCUUCCAAAUCUCCUGCACUGUACUUUCUGACCCACUCUCCUGUGGAUCUCUGGCCAGAGUGAGCUGCUCAGACCUCACACUCACUCACUCACUCACUCACUCACUCAUUCACUCACUCCUACAGUAUCUCUGUGAGCCUCCUGCUCCUGUGGCUGUAGCUCUAGUCGGUCCCCUGCACUCCUGUCACAGCAUGCAGCUCCUGGUGAUGUUAGCAGCUCUCAUGGGGGUUGUGUUCAGUGUAAGAGCAGCCGCUGUGCUUCCUGUGGAGGACAGAAGCUCCAUCCAUGUGAACAGGGAGCUGAGCAAAGAGCGCAAAGACCUGAUCCUGAAGUUGGUGUCUGGCUUGUUGGACGGAGCUCUGGACACCAACAUGCUGCCCGGGGAUGUGGCGUCCGAGGAUCUGGAGGAACCGCUGGAGUCUCGCCUGGAGGAGAGGGCUGUCUAUAACAGGUUAUCGCUGCCUCAGCGCGACCGCAAAGCCCCCUGUAAAAACUUCUUCUGGAAAACUUUCACCUCCUGCUAACACUGCCCCAAACCCUGCCCGCCCUAAUGUGCUCCGUCCCUCCCGGCUCCACAUGAACUGGAGUUGACCUCGACUGUACAUAUUAUCUGCAACUGUCAGACAUGCAGCAUUGAUGGACUUCACUGAGACAGUGUUUGUGCGUUUGAACAUUAUUUAUUUAUCUUUUUAUGUAUGAAAUGUGUGUAUCUAUGUAUGUAACACUUUAUUUCAGGGUGAACAAUAAAGCAUGGAUAUAAUA